AUGGUCGCGAGCGCUACUCUUCCCGCCCCCAUUGGGGAGCCCCAGAAGUUGGAGAAGAAACCCAUCAAGUUCUCCAACUUGCUCCUCGGUGCCGGUCUCAACAUGUUCGAGGUCACCACCCUCGGUCAGCCUCUCGAGGUCGUCAAGACCACCAUGGCUGCCAACCGUGGUGACAGCUUCGCCACGGCUUUGGGACGUAUUUGGGCCCGCGGUGGUCCUUUUGGCUUCUACCAAGGUCUCAUCCCCUGGGCUUGGAUCGAAGCCUCAACCAAGGGCGCCGUUCUUCUCUUCGUCGCCUCCGAGGCCGAGUAUUAUGCUCGCGCUGCUGGCGCCUCCGAGUUCGGCGGUGGCAUCCUCGGCGGCAUCACUGGUGGUGUUGCCCAGGCCUAUGCCACCAUGGGUUUCUGCACCUGCAUGAAGACGGUCGAGAUCACCAAGCACAAGAUGGCGGCUGCCGGCGUCAAGCCGCAGUCUACGUUCCAGACCUUCAUGGACAUCUACCGCAAGGAAGGUAUCCGGGGUAUCAACAAGGGUGUCAACGCCGUCGCCAUCCGUCAAAUGACCAACUGGGGCUCCCGCUUCGGCCUCAGCCGUCUGGCCGAGACCUGGAUUCGUUCCGCCACUGGCAAGUCGGAGAAGGAUAAGCUGUCCGCCAUGGAGAAGGUUAUUGCCUCUGGUCUCGGUGGUGGUCUCAGCGCCUGGAACCAGCCCAUUGAGGUCAUCCGCGUCGAGAUGCAGAGCAAAAAGGAGGAUCCUAACCGACCCAAGAAGAUGACUGUCGGCAACACUUUCCGAUACAUUUACUCCAACAACGGCAUCAAGGGCCUGUACCGCGGUGUCACUCCACGAAUUGGUCUCGGUGUCUGGCAGACCAUUUGCAUGGUUGCCUUUGGUGACAUGGCAAAGACUUAUGUUGAAAAAGUGACCGGUGACUCGGUCUCAGCUAAGCAUUAA